AUGCCCAUAAUCUUCUACUGCUUUGCCCUCAAGUUUGAGUUUCUUAACUGCUUUGCUUUUCCGAUUUGCAAAAGAGAAAUGGCACAACCAAAUGUUACUUUGAUUUCGGAUUUGGAUAUACUUAAAGAUGAUUCGACUGUCAAAGUUAAAGUGAUAAACCUAUGGAACCUUUUUUCAUUCUAUAACAAUGAUGAGCUUUUCUCGAUUGAAUUAAUCUUAAUAGAUGAACAGGGUACCAAGAUCCAAGCAAAUGUAUUAAGAAAAAACAUCUAUCGAUUAAAAAACAUUCUAAAAGAUGGCUUGGCAUUUUACAUACAAUAUCCAAGCUUUGCAUCUCAAAGGAUGGGUGGUUUUACUUUAACUCGGCAACAUCAUAAACUUACUUUUGUCCAUAACACUGUUCUUACGGAGUGUCAUGACUUUUCUGGACCUGCAUUUGGUUUUGAAUUUGUUGAUUACCAGUCUAUUAUCUCAUUGACCCAUCCUGAAAACACUACUAUCGAUGUUAUUGGAUUGGUCGUUGCAAUUGGUGAGGUGGGGAAAGACAAUGAUGAUAUCAAAAAACACAGACUCAACAUCCAAAUCCAAGAUGCAAAUGGUUUGCAACUAAGUGUCAAUUUGUGGGGUGAUUUUGCUUACAAAAUGCAACGUUUGGAUGGAGAUGAUCGCCCUGAUUCAUCCACAAAUACAUUAACACUUAUGAAGUCUAAUAAAGUUUCUGAACAUGAUGAUUUCAUGGUUAAGUUUCAGUUGAAGACAAUUGCUGAUGUUUCAGAACCUGUGGAGCUUGGUUUUAGUACUCAACUUUAUCCCGGAGAGAUAAAUGCACUGAAAGGUUUGAAGUUGGCUUUUAAAAUAUCAAUCAGUCGCUUCAAUGUCUCGAACAACAACAACCAAUACAGUAUAUGUAGAGUCAGUGAUGAUGAAAAGUUGAUUGAAGAACUCGAAAAUAAGUUUACCUUUUCACAGGUAGGUAAUUCACAAUCAUUUGAUAUUGGUGAAGCCGAUUCUGAAUCACAAGAUAAUAGGAUUUUGAAGGAUGCAAUUUCUAGGACAGACGACAACAUAACACCUUACACUAUUGAUAAAAACUCAGCAACAAGUCCUAUGAAGGGUUUCAAUACACCAACUGUUUUGAAGAGAAAUCUGGAAGAAGUGUUUGAUCUGGAGUUGAAUGAACAUUUAUCAUUAUCAAAAACUCCUAAAAUAUCGCCAGAAUGACGCAUUAACCAGAUUGUGAAGAUAAAGUUGGAAAAAAGUGGCUGACUUUUUAUUUUAAGUUUAACUUUCGUUAGGUGUUGGAUUAUGAUUUAUAGACAAUGAUUAUGCAUUUUACUUUUCAUUAAGUACUUUCACGUUUUGUUUUAGAAUUUUCAAACAUUUGUUGGGGAUGAUUGUUUUUUAUUAGUAUGUUUAACCUACAUUCAUAAUAUAUUAUUAUGAAUGUUAAUUUAUGAUUUAUAAAUAA